AUGGCUAUUCCAGUAAUUGAUUUUUCAAAGCUUAAUGGAGAGGAAAGAGCCAACACUUUGGCUCAAAUUGCCACUUGUUGUGAAGAAUGGGGAUUUUUUCAGUUGGUGAAUCAUGGGAUUCCUAUGGAACUUCUUGAGAAGGUGAAGAGAGUUUCUUCAGAAAGUUUUAAGAAGGAAAGAGAAGAUAAUUUCAACAAAUCAACAGCAAUAAACUUGUUGAAUGAAGUGGAGAAAAAUAAGAGCAAUAAUAACAAAGUUGAAAAUGUAGAUUGGGAAGAUGUAUUCCUUCUUACUGAUGAUAAUGAAUGGCCCUCCAAUAUUCCUCAAUUCAGGGAAAUAAUGAAAGAGUAUCGAUCAGAAUUGAAGAAUCUAGCAAAACAAUUGAUGGAAAUAAUGGACGAAAACUUAGGUCUACCAAAAGGUUACAUCAAUAAAUCGUUUAAUAACGGCGAAGAAGGUUCCGAAAAUGCAUUUUUCGGGACUAAAGUAAGUCAUUAUCCACCGUGCCCAAAUCCCGAAAUGGUGAAUGGUCUACGGGCACACACCGAUGCUGGUGGUGUAAUUUUGCUUUUUCAGGAUGAUCAGGUGGACGGUCUUCAAAUUCUCAAGGAUGGCAAAUGGAUCGAUGUUCAACCGAUCCAAAAUGCCAUCGUUAUCAACACGGGUGACCAAAUUGAGGUCCUUAGUAACGGAAAAUACAAGAGCGUUUGGCAUCGCGUUUUGGCUAAGGAAAAUGGAAAUAGAAGGUCAAUUGCGUCUUUUUAUAAUCCGUCUUUAAAAGCUACGAUCGCUCCUGCACCUCAACUAAUUCAUAUUGAUAAUGAUAAUAAUAACAAUAAUAAUAAGGUGGAAUUAAUUAGUAAUUAUCCAGCUUUUAAGUUUGGUGAUUAUAUGAAUGUUUAUAGUGAACAAAAAUUUUCACCUAAAGAGCCAAGAUUCCAAGCUGUUAGAGCCAUGUGAUGAUGGUCAAGAAGGAGACAUUUUAUUAUUCCAUUUUAUCAUAAGCUUAAUUUGUACUUUUUUUAAAAUAUAUUUUUGGUAAUGUGUGAAUUAAGUCUAGUUUUUUUUCUUCUUUGUUUGGUUUGUGGGGAAUUAUUUUGUAUUAUUUGGAUUGUCAAUCUUCAAUAUGGCAGUGCACAAAAUUAUGCCUGCUUUCUUGUAAUAUUUUGUAUUUUCGCUUUCGCGAUAUCUAUCUAGAUAUUAUUUCUAUCUUUGUAAAUUA